UUCUUUCGCAGUUCCUCUAUAGGCCCAAAACCCUUCUCCGCUGCUCUUAUCUAGUGAGAGCUGCAGCUUCUGUAUAACCAGAAGUUCAAGGGGGUAGAAUUAGGGUUUUUAUUCUGAUUCUGUCUCGUUUGGUGUUGAGAUUUUGAACAAGUUCAUUCAAUUACUGUGAUUCUCAUUUCUAGCGGUUGAUUUUUUUUUUCCCAAUCUAAUUCCGUAAAACACCCUAGAAAAUGGCUUCCUCAACAGCUCAGAUUCACGUUUUAGGUGGAAUUGGGUUCUCUUCGUCUUCAUCGAGAAAACCUAAUUUUUCUUUUUCACCUAAGACAGUUUUCUUUGGUCAAAAUGUAAGGUCGCAAACGGCGGCGUUUCUGAGACACAGUAGCACGACGAGGAGAAGGUACAGCAAUGGCCCUUUGAGGGUAGUGAAUGAGAAGGUUGUGGGAAUUGAUCUGGGUACCACCAAUUCUGCAGUUGCUGCAAUGGAGGGAGGGAAGCCGACGAUUGUGACGAACGCGGAGGGUCAGAGGACUACACCGUCGGUUGUGGCGUACACAAAGAAUGGGGAUAGGCUUGUGGGGCAGAUUGCGAAGCGGCAGGCGGUGGUGAACCCUGAGAAUACUUUCUUCUCUGUGAAGAGGUUUAUUGGGAGGAAGAUGUCGGAGGUAGAUGAUGAAUCGAAGCAGGUUUCAUAUAAAGUAGUGAGGGAUGAGAAUGGAAAUGUUAAGUUGGAUUGCCCUGCAAUUGGCAAGCAGUUUGCUGCUGAGGAGAUUUCUGCUCAGGUUUUGAGGAAGCUUGUAGAUGAUGCCUCAAAGUUUUUGAAUGAUAAAGUGACUAAAGCUGUGGUCACAGUGCCUGCAUACUUCAAUGAUUCCCAAAGGACAGCAACAAAAGAUGCUGGCCGAAUUGCUGGGCUGGAUGUUCUUCGAAUAAUCAAUGAACCUACCGCUGCUUCAUUGGCAUAUGGAUUUGAAAAGAAGAACAAUGAAACCAUCCUAGUAUUCGACCUUGGUGGUGGCACUUUUGAUGUUUCAGUGCUUGAGGUUGGUGAUGGAGUUUUCGAAGUGCUCUCUACUUCAGGAGAUACACAUUUGGGUGGUGAUGACUUUGAUAAGAGAAUUGUUGAUUGGCUUGCUAGCAACUUUAAGAGAGAUGAAGGUAUUGAUCUUUUGAAGGACAAACAAGCACUUCAGCGAUUGACUGAGACAGCUGAGAAGGCUAAAAUGGAGCUGUCAUCAUUGACUCAGGCAAACAUCAGUUUGCCAUUCAUCACUGCUACUGCUGAUGGACCCAAGCACAUUGAGACCACACUUACAAGAGCCAAGUUUGAGGAGUUGUGUUCGGAUUUGCUUGACCGGCUUAAAACACCAGUUGAGAAUUCUUUAAGGGAUGCAAAACUCUCCUUUAAAGACCUCGACGAGGUGAUACUUGUUGGUGGAUCAACACGAAUUCCAGCUGUACAGGAACUUGUAAAGAAACUGACAGGGAAGGACCCAAAUGUCACUGUCAAUCCAGAUGAAGUAGUUGCCCUUGGUGCUGCAGUUCAGGCUGGUGUUUUGUCUGGAGAUGUCAGUGAUAUUGUGCUGUUGGAUGUGACACCAUUGUCACUAGGUCUGGAGACUCUUGGAGGGGUAAUGACAAAAAUUAUCCCCAGAAACACUACUUUGCCCACAUCCAAAUCCGAGGUGUUCUCAACUGCUGCAGAUGGACAGACAAGUGUUGAGAUUAAUGUCCUUCAGGGCGAGAGAGAGUUUGUCAGGGACAACAAAUCCUUGGGAAGCUUCCGCCUUGACGGUAUUCCGCCAGCGCCGCGUGGAGUUCCUCAAAUUGAAGUUAAAUUUGACAUUGAUGCCAAUGGCAUUCUCUCUGUCGCUGCAGUCGAUAAAGGUACAGGGAAGAAGCAAGACAUCACAAUUACUGGUGCUAGCACCUUACCCAGUGAUGAGGUUGAGAAGAUGGUUAAGGAAGCUGAGAAAUUUGCAAAGGAGGACAAGGAGAAGAGAGAUGCCAUCGACACAAAGAACCAAGCAGAUUCCGUUGUCUACCAGACUGAGAAGCAGCUGAAGGAACUAGGAGACAAGGUUCCAGCCCCUGUGAAAGAAAAGGUUGAGGCAAAACUCAAGGAGCUCAAGGAUGCAAUAUCUGAUGGGUCAACACAAGGGAUAAAAGAUGCCAUGGCUGCCCUUAACCAAGAAGUCAUGCAACUUGGCCAGUCCCUUUACAACCAACCAGGCGCAGGUGGUGAAGGUGCUGGUCCUGCGCCUGGCAGUGAAGCUGGACCUUCAGAUUCAUCAAACAAGGGACCUGAUGGAGAUGUUAUUGAUGCAGACUUCACUGACAGUAAGUGAGACAGCAGAUAGUUGGCUAGGUUUUGGGCCUCUUCCUGGUGAUGUGUAUAAGGAAUUGUUUCUGCCUGGUUUAAGGAUGACUGCAGUUUCAGACAUUUUUGUCCUAUGGAGAUUGGCAACAAAUUGUUUCAAGGAAUAUAGGGAACCAAGCACCUAGUGGCAAACCCUUAAUAGUUAUAACUUUGGGUGUUCAAGCUGGUGCACUUAUUCUCAAUUUUAACACCACUAAGAUUUAGUGCUGCCGAUUAUUUUUUUUCUUCUCUUGAUGUUCUUGGAUCAAGCACUUAAUUUCAAAGUUUUACCAUUAAUGUUUAA